CAUUUCCACGUGCUGCAAUCUGCCCAUCUCUACAUAAACCAACCGAUCCCGCAAUCUUUCAACCACCACUCAUACACCAUCUCCCUCCUCCUCCGCCGCCGCGAAAAUGGAUUCGAUCGUCGUUCUGAUGAUGUGCCCCAUGAACAGCUACUUGGAGCAAGAGCUCGACAAGCGCUUCAAGCUCUUCCGCUACUGGACCCAGCCGAAUCAGACCGAAUUCCUCGCGCAUCACGCCGACUCGAUCCGCGCGGUGGUCGGGAACUCCGGCGCCGGAGCUAGCGCCGACCUGAUCGACGCGCUGCCGAAAUUGGAGAUAGUUUCGAGCUUCAGCGUCGGAUUGGAUAAAAUCGACUUGGCCAGGUGUAAGGAGAAGGGGGUUAGGGUUACCAACACGCCCGACGUGUUGACGGAUGACGUGGCGGAUCUCGCGAUCGGGUUGAUGCUGGCUGUUCUCCGCCGGAUUUGCCAGUGCGAUAAGUAUGUGAGGAGUGGGGCUUGGAAAUUGGGAGACUUCAGGUUGACUACUAAGUUCAGCGGCAAAAGAAUUGGCAUCAUAGGAUUGGGCAGAAUCGGGCUAGCAAUUGCCGAGAGAGCAGAGGCAUUCGAUUGCCCCAUCAGUUACUACGGAAGAUCCAAGAAAGCUGACACCAACUACACGUACUAUAGCAGCGUUGUUGAACUGGCAUCAAACAGCGACAUCCUAGUGGUAGGAUGUGCCCUGACUCCAGAAACAACCCACAUUGUGAAUCGGGAGGUACUCGAUGCUCUGGGUCCAAAGGGGGUCCUGAUCAACAUCGGGAGGGGACCCCAUGUUGAUGAGCCCGAGCUGGUGUCAGCUCUUGUGGAGGGCCGCCUGGGUGGCGCUGGACUUGAUGUUUUCGAAAAGGAGCCUAAGGUGCCGGAGCAGCUGUUUGGCCUCGAAAACGUAGUUCUGUUGCCGCAUGUUGCGAGUGGCACCGAGGAAACUCGGAAAGUCAUGGCUGACCUUGUUCUGGGAAAUUUGGAAGCUCACUUUUCCAGCAAAGCUUUGUUAACACCUGUGGUGUAGAUUUUACUCUACUUAUAUUAUAGUGAAAGGGUGAACUUAUCAAAUUCAACCGAUAACAUCCUUAGUCAUCAUUAUUAAAAAAUUUCACAUUUUAUUCCUUUCAUUAUCAAUAAAUUUAUUCUAAUCUUUUCAAUGGUUA